UUUCGCGAAGGCCAUCCUUGCCAUUUCUCUCAAAUAUGCAACCAUCAACAUUCCCCUAUUAUUCUCCCAGAAUCUCUUUAGUUCUUAGAACUUUGGCUACGUCAUGUACAACCAUCGCUGUGAUGUGCUGUUUAAUGAAUGAUCUAUGGUAUUACUACACUGUCCCAACGCUCGGAUUCCUUGCUGCACUUCUUGCUGCACUUUUUCUUGUUUGCACCCUUAUUCAAAUUUUGAAAUUCUCGAAAAACAAGAUAUUCCUACUAUAUCCAAUGAAAAUAGCGAUCGUGAUGAUACCAAUGUUUCUUUCCUUAUUGGCUAUGACAUUUUUUGCUCUUGGCGUACGGGUAUGUAUUAAUUUGUUUGGAGAGACUUGUUUCAUACUCUACAAUUCACCAUCGCUCACCACUGCAAUGAUCUUCGCUGGCCUUUGCUUCUGCGUUUUGCUGAUGGAGCUCAUACUAUUACUAUGUGCGAACGAACUAAAUAAAACAAUGGAUGGUGACACUCAAACUGGACCUAUGACCAAUCCGGAUUUGAAUUACGAUAAAACUUCAUCAGCUAUAAUCAUUAAUCCACAAUUCAAGCAGGCGUUCAUUGCUCGUCAGCCUCCGGUGCAAACAAAUUUAUAA